AUGACUUCCAGCUACGCUCACGUCCUGGAGAGACCCCCGCCCGCCCUGGCCAGCCGCCUGGAGAGCCCCGGCCACCUCGACAGCCUGCAGGCCAAGAAGAACUUCUCCGUCAGCCACCUGCUGGACCUGGAGGAAGCCGGCGACCUGGCGGCGGCGCAGGCCGACGAGGGCCUGGGGGAGAGCGGCCGGAGCCUGCUGGAAUCGCCCGGCCUGACCAGCGGCAGCGACACGCAGCAGCAGGACGGUGACCAGUUAAAUUCGGAAGAGAAGAAGAAGAGGAAACAGAGAAGGAACCGAACCACCUUCAACAGCAGCCAGCUGCAGGCGUUGGAGAGAGUCUUUGAGCGGACGCACUACCCAGACGCCUUCGUACGAGAAGACCUCGCGCGCAGGGUCAACCUCACUGAAGCCAGGGUUCAGGUGUGGUUUCAGAACAGAAGGGCCAAGUUUCGCAGGAACGAGAGAGCCAUGCUGGCCAACAAGAACGCAUCCCUCCUCAAGUCCUACUCAGGAGACGUGACUGCAGUGGAGCAGCCAAUUGUACCAAGACCAGCUCCAAGGCCCACUGACUAUCUCUCCUGGGGGACCGCUUCUCCAUACAGCUCCUCCACCCUCCUAAGAUGUUGUUUGCGCGAGGGGUUCCCUAAUGGAUACUAGGAGAAGACUCUACAAAGCAGUGCCAUGGCUUCCUAUUCAGCCUCCUGCACCAAUGCCAGCCCUGCCCAGGGCAUGAAUAUGGCCAACAGCAUUGCCAAUCUGAGACUGAAGGCAAAGGAAUACAGUUUACAAAGGAACCAGGUGCCGAC